AAUUUGAUUGGGAAGGCUGGUUUCACAAAGUUACGACGUGAGGGAGCAACAUUGAGCUGUGGGCUAGAACACAAUCAUGGAAAAGGAAGGUCCCCUGGAGUUGUCGUCACUUUCGAGACAGCUGUGUGAUAUUUUCGCUGAAGAUUCCGACAAUGAACACGAUCGAACUUUUCACGGAUUUUGCGACGAUGAAGUCCGUGAUCUCGACAAUGAUAUGUGCUCAGACAGUGAGGACUACUCCGAAGUCUCUUCUCCGAAAAGAUCGCCUCGGCCCCCGCAGCGUUUCACCCUCCGGGUGGCCCUUCGCCCCCGGACCCGCGCCAACCACCAGGAGGAGGCCGAACGCAGAGGCGUUAAAAAGGCGAUCAAAUCAGAACGAGGAGGAAAUGCCAUUCCUUUCAUCCCACCUACGCCAACAGCGCAUUCCAAUUCGGACUCCGAAGCUGACUCGUCCCAAACGUUUCUGGAGAAGAGGGCGUUGAACAUCAAAUCCAACAAAGCCAUGUUGGCACAGCUAAUGGCUGACCUGCAGAAGAUGCCAGAUUCAUUACUGAAGACUGAGGGGGCCCAGCAGAAACGUCCCAACGCACGUGCCCCUCGGGCCUCCCUGGCUCCCGGCGAGACUCGGCGGAAUCCGGAGCGGACUUCGCGGAGACACACACGCUCCAUGGGCGGGUGUGCAGCCGAGGGCUCCCUGAAGGAGGAGCAAGACCUGGAGAGGAGCCUGGAGGACGCUCUCCUGGAGGUGAGGCGCCCCCCCCGUCGGCGUGCCAGCCCCCGGCCCAACCCGAGCAACCCCCACGAGGUGAGGCCUGUGGAGGACAUCACCCAGGAUGAGCUGGACCUGGUGGCUGAGAGCCUGGUGGCAAAGGUCUACAACCGCGCCUCGGGCUCCACAUGCCAUCAGUGCCGACAGAAAACUAUAGAUACCAAGACCUGUUGCCGUGACGAGGGUUGCCGUGGGGUCCAGGGCCAGUUCUGCGGACCCUGCCUGAGGAACCGGUAUGGGGAAGACGUUCGGACCGCCCUUCUGGAUCCGGAUUGGCGGUGUCCGCCGUGCCGUGGGAUCUGUAACUGCAGCUUCUGCCGGCACCGAGACGGCCGCUGCCCCACAGGCAUCCUGUUCCCCCUGGCGCAGUACCACGGCUUCUCCGACGUCCACUCCUACCUCAGCAGUCUUCGUAAUAAGAUGAAAACUGGAGAUGAGGAGGAGGAGGAUGAGUAACUGGGGCUGAAGAGUUGGGAGAAUCAUCGCCUUCACUUUCUGACCAGCUGACGCCCCUAAUCUGUUUUUAUACCUUUUGUUUUGUUUUUUAAAUCUGAUUUUAAAAUAAACAAAUAUGACUUAA